GACCUCGUUCUUGUGCCUUGGGCUUGAGCGGCUCCGCACCACAGUCAUUGUCUCCAGGGCACUUGAGCUAGCUUUUCCAAAUUCUCCAGGUGGUAUCUGUUUCAUGGCGCCCUUUUAAACCUGGUCCCAUGUGAGGAGUUGCUCGGUCCAGCGCUGCGAUGGCCCUUGUGAGCUCUUGUCGGCGGGGCGCCCUCCAUCAGCGGCCGUCCCUGCAAUGCUUCCUUGCUAGAAACCAUGCAAUCGGCAGUUGCUUUUUGGGGGGUGGCAGCAGGGGAGAACAUCAAGACGCAAAGGAUAAGGACAGGCACUCGGGGCCGGGAUCAAGAGCAGAAGAAGGGUCGGCGGUUUCAAAGGAGGCGGGUGGUCGCACGUGGAUGCGUCCGUUUGCGAAUGUGUUGAGCCCGGUGGAUAGACAGCUGGACUACUUUAGGCCAGCGUAUGGGCAGACUAAAGCGACCACAGUCACUGGCGAAGGUGGGGAAAAGGGAAAGCUGGUUAGAUUUGAGGAGGGGGGAAGUGAACGGGGGACUCUGGGGGGAGAUGAAGGGGCCCACGCGAGCACGUCGUUUGGAGAAGGUCUGGGAGCUCGACCGUCGAGGAAAGCGUCUGGUAAAACAUGGUCCGAGGGGCUGGUAGAGUCAGAAGCCACAGCAAAUAGUGGAACGAGAGGGGCCCGUCAAAAAUCUAGCGAGAGUGAUGCUGGCCCUACCGGAGGAAACAACUUCAGGAGUCCGCGGGCGAGUCUGAAAGGGGCGGGCAACACCGUUGGUAACGGUUUUGCUGCAAGUGGUGUGACCAAGGGCCAGCGCCUGCCGGCCGGGGUGCGGAAGGUUUUGGAAGAGGCGAGCCGGGAACUAGAGCCGGCGGCUUCGAAGAAGUCAGCUGGGAGGCGCAGUGGCAAAUCUGCGAAGGGUGUGACGCAGGCGCUGGGAGAUGAGGGGAAGGAGCUGAAGUCUGCGCUCGCCAGAAAGAAAGGGUCAGAAGGGGGUCAGGCAAAGGGGGUUAGUGGGGAACCUGCGCAGGGGGUACGUACGAAAGGGGGCCGGGGGGGUAGUACAGAGGUAGUCCAAGGGGUUAGAGAGAAACCAUAUCUGGGGGUAAGUUUGGAACCAGAGCAAGGGGCAAAGCCAGGGCAGGGGGUAAAUGGAGUAUCGAGCGGGGGGGUGAGUGGGAUAGUAGAUGGAGAGGCGGUUGCUGAAGCAGCUCCAGGGGUUACUGCGGAGCCAGCGAAAGAGCCCACGGGCAGAAGUCGGAAGGAAAAGAAGAAGGGGUUGGACGGGAGCAGUUCAAAGAUAGUGAUGGACAUGAUUCGUGAGGCAGAUGCGAACUUUAAAGCUAAAAGGGCGAAGAAAAAGGGGUCGGAAAAGGUGGGCGCUAGUGAGGCAGCGGAGGCUUCGAAGGAAGAAGCGGCCGCCGUGUCUGAGCCUGCGAAGAAGAAACGAAAGCUGCCGCCGAAGGAGACGCCAUCCGCCGAACCCGAUGCAAACCUGAAGAAGGGGCAAAAGAAGGGGCGGUCGUUCUCGUCGGACGCAACUUCCGGGUCGCGCGCGGAAGUUUUGGAAAGCUUCCGAGAGUCCUCUGAGUCUGAGGAAGAGUCAGAAGCUACGGCUGUCGUGUCAGAGGAUGGGUUGAUCAGGGUGGCGGGCGGGAGGGCGCCAGAGACAUUGAGGGACGAGAGAAAGAGGAAACGGGGCCGAAAAGAUGCUUCGAAAAGAGAGGAGAAGGAGAAGAAGCUGCCUCCAUUGCCGGACUCGAGGGCGCUCUAUUCAGAGAUGCUGGAAAAAGAGAAGGACGAGACGCCACAGCCGCUACUGAUGCCCGGGAAGGAUGGCGGCAAGGAGAACGCGCAGGCGAUUCUGACCCGGUUUAUUGAGAGAGGGUGGGCUUCUGACCAGGCCCUCGCGCUGUACGUCAACCACGAGCUGUUCCCCGUCGUUGCGGACCGCUUCCGCAAGCUCGUGCUGCACGGCUGUACGGACGAGCUCGGACGCUGGCUCCGGACGGCUGCGCCGUCCAACGAGGCCGAGGAAGCUCUUUUCCCGCUGUUCGCGGAGCUGUGCCUGCAGGAAUUUCGGGACGAGCUGCGGCAAUUCAGGAAGCUCGUCGAAAGUGCAAAUAUGACGGAGCCGCAAAAGUGGUACCCGUAUGCUCGCGCCAUGAAGCGCAAGAUCAUCUACCACUGCGGGCCAACCAACAGCGGGAAGACGUACGAGGCGCUACAGCAGUUGAAGCAGGCGGAGAACGGCCUAUACUGCGGGCCUCUGCGGCUGCUCGCAAUGGAGAUUUUCGACACUUUGAAUGCGGACGGCGUGUAUUGCAACCUGACGACGGGCCAGGAGCGGCGCACGGUGCCGUUUGCAAACCACACGUCGUGCACGGUCGAGAUGGCGCACUUGGGGAACGAGUACGAGGUGGCUGUCAUUGAUGAGAUCCAGAUGAUGGCAGACGACCACCGCGGGUGGGCGUGGACCCGCGCGCUGCUCGGGCUGCAAGCGAAGGAGAUCCACGUGUGCGGCGACGGCAGCGUGCUGCGCAUGCUGAAGCGCAUCGCGAAGACGUGCGGCGACGAACUAGAGGUGCGGAACUACGAGCGGUGGAAGCCGCUGAGCGUGGAAGAGGCGUCCUUCGGGGGAAGCUGGGAGCACGUGGGCGAGGGGGACUGCGUCGUGGCGUUCUCGCGCAAGGAGAUCUUCCAGAUCAAGGACGAAAUCGAGGCGCGGGGAAAGCACAAGUGCUGUGUCAUCUACGGCGCUCUGCCCCCCGAGACGCGUCGGCAGCAGGCGCGGCUUUUCAACGACCCGGACUCUGGUUACAACGUUUUGGUUGCGAGCGACGCCAUUGGGAUGGGGCUGAAUCUAAACAUUCGGCGAAUGGUGUUUGCCAAGAUGGAGAAGUUCUCCGGAGGGGCCGGCAAGGAUCCCAUUCCCACACCGAUGGUCAAGCAGAUUGCGGGCCGCGCCGGACGUAGAAACAGCUCCCAUCCAGAGGGCCUGGCCACUACGUUCCUCCCAGAAGACCUGCCUAAGCUGCGGGAAGCAAUGGCCGCUCCGAUGGACACCGCAGAAAAGGGCGGGCUGUUCCCCAUAUUUGAGCAGAUGGAGCUGUUCGCCGGACAGCUGCCGGACAUGCGCUUCCCGGAACUAUUAGACAAAUUCGCGGAGACUUCCCUGUUGGACAGCAGCUACUUCCUGUGUAAACACGACCAGAUCCGGACAAUUGCGAAUCUGCUCGAGAAGGUCCCCACGCUCAGGCUGCGAGACCGCUUCAGUCUGUGUCAAGCGCCCAUCAACUCGCGCUCGCUAGAGGCGAUGGGCACGCUGCUCGGCUAUGCGAAAGCAUACGCGGAGGGGACUCCGGUUCCGCUCAAGGUCAACUUCCGGGACGCAGCCGAGAUAGCGGAACUAGAGUGGAAACACCAGGUCGUGUCCGCAUACUUGUGGCUCAGCUACCAACUAGAGGAGACGCAGUUCCCCCACCGGGCGAGAGCUGAGCAGUUGCUAACGAGCAUGGUCGCGCUCUUGGACCAACGAUUAGCCGGGAGCAUACGGAAACCGGCCCGGGGAAAGUUUGCGUUUCCGCCCAAGCGGCGGCCGCUCGGGAUAUUUGUUGGCGAUGCCUUGUUUGAGAGGCAGAAGUUGAGAGACGGGGAAGAAGAGUCCGACCGCCCUAGGCUUGCGGCGGUUCACUAGGGUACCAUUAUUCUUAGGCUGCGUCAAAGUGAUGAGAGUCAAAAUGGAUCUUGCAUACAAGAACGUGCAAGCGAAGCAAGGCACGGUUGGGCUGAAUGUGGCUAGUACCUAGGUAGUCAUAUAUUGUUUGUAUACAUCGGCGGGACAAGGGCCCAGCAUAAGAGUCCACCGGAUCAUGUGCCUAUAUGCUCUUGGGGGACUGCCAGCAAAGCCUCGGGUGCGGUGAGUGGAGAAUGAUUAGGAGGUGUAUUGCUACGGAAGCUGCCGCUGUGGUGCGGCGGCACGAUCGUACAUAGGUGAAUUCCUUCUAUGCUGCGAGGUGUUCAAGACAUCGCUACGAGAAGCAUAUAUUUGGUGGCAGCGGCUGACUGCCGUAGUUUACAAG